AUGAGUCGAACUCGUCUUUGUCGAUUGAUUCCAUCCAUUGCUGCCAGUCACAUGACUCGACCUACGGGCAUUUUUCGCAGCACUAAGCACGGAGGAGUUAACAAGCUAGUUAGUAGUUUGGUUGACUGGCUAGUUACCGAGAUGUCCGACGGGAGAGGUGAAGGUCAAGCCUGGGACGAGGGAGAAACGGCCAACAUCACGGCGAAGGAGAAGAACCGAGAAACGGAAGAGGACUCCUGUGCAGACGGAGAGAUGGUGGUGUCCAAGGGAAAGCCCGUCGCACUAAAGAAACGCUCGACAGCCCGCUGUCUUCAUCCAUCACGACGGCCAGCGGAUAUCCAGAUGCUCUCUACCUCUACCUCGACCAGAUCGCCAUUAAAAACCGACGAAGAAACGUUGACUACGGAGUUCGAUGCCUCUCAGGCCCCUCAACCGUUUCUCGACCCGGAUCUGCGAGACCGUAUGCUGAAGCUACAGGGAUCCAAGCUCAGUACUGCAACGCACACUAUAGGACAGAAUAACGAGUGA